AGUCGUUUGGUCUCCGAAGGUCACAUUCAAAUUAGAAAUAGCCGCCAUGUUAUGACGUCACACAUAGUAAAGUGCCUUCACAACUGCCCCGGGGCUAUCGUAUUGCGGGUGGUCACUUCUCUACAGACUGAAUCAGACUGCAUCACGCCCAUCCGGAGGAGUUGGUGAAGUAGCUGUACAUUCCACCACUUCCAGAGGCUCUAAACUUCCAUCUAUAGAGAGACCUUUAGAAACUCCCAAUUAUGUCUUCAGAAUCAGAUACUAAGUUCAAGCAACAUGCAUAUAGAAGAGCCGCUCAUUACCGUAUAAAAGGAGCUGCAAGAGAGAAGGUUUUACCGCCAAAAGAGGACAGCCCAAAGGAGGAAAACCAGCCAAGUAAAGAAAACAAGAACAAUGUUCUUAAAAUUAAUAGUUCAUUCAGCUCACUGCUACAAUCAAAGAACCCUGAGCAUCUUGCAUCGUCUCCAGCCAACUCUUUACCUGAGGCUGCUAGUCAGAACUCCAUAUCCGGUGGAAAUCUUGCCUCUGUUAAUGCUCAAAUAGAGGUUAAUGAUGAGGCAGCUGCACAAGCUAGUGGCACAGUUGAAUUAAGUUCUGAUGUUUGUGGGCUCGAGUGACCAAUAUUACGGGUUUCCAGUAAAACAUCCUGUAGUUUAUAUGAGGACAGGAUUUAUCUAUCUCAUAUUUUUUUGAAAUUGAGUUUUGGACUAAGCAUAUGGAAGAGCCACCCAGUAUAUUUGUAUUGCAUGGUAAAAUCUCGAGUUAGACAAGUCAUUAUCUAGCAUUUACAGCUGUAGUUAUUUGUUAUAUUUAAUUAUAAAAGUUUAUAUAGCAAUGAUUUAAGAUACAACAUGCAAGAAAAUAAGUUCUAUGUACUAAAGCAGGUUUUCUAUGAAUAGCUUUGUCAUUCAUUGUUUUAUGCAGUGUGCUUUUAAAAUUCAGUUUAGUUAUCAUAUGUUUUUGUGAUAAUAUCUUGAUGUAUUCCUGGCAGAAAGUAUUUGGUACAUUGUUUAUGUACUAUAUUAGUAUUUCAUAUUUGGUAAACAUUGUGUAUGUUUAUGUUUGCGAAAACUGUCAAGUGGGAAAUAUCAUUUUGACUUGUUUUUAUUGUGUUACAGGCAUUAUUAUGUAUAGAUUUAAGGCCUGUUAAAAUUGUGCGAGGCCCGACCCCGUGAUUAUCCAUAUAUACAGACAUGCCUAUGCACAGAUGGUUAGUAGUUAAAUUAAAUGUGUUGGGCAUCAAAGGUACAUCUGUCUAGUCCGAUAUAUGUACAUAUAACUGUCAGUCUAUCUGGUAGAUAUGCAUGUCAAAAUUGAUAGAUAAACAUUAAUUUCUGUGUUAUGCGCAUGUCCAUAUAUAUGAAUAUUCAUUGGGUUCGACGUUGCACAAUGUUAACAAACUGGCUGUUAUUCUUGACCAAGUUUUUGUUACAUUGUGUUAAUGUAGUAUUGUAUUAUCUUGCUUUAAGUAAACAAAGAUGCUAUCUAUGUACAGAAACCCUUUAAGAAAUCCCCCCCUUAAUCUUAUUAUUAUUUGUUUUUACUUAGUCUUACUGUUGUGCUUCUGUGGUAAUUGUAUGGCAUAAAAUUGUGAACUGGUAUUAAAAUAAUGAAAUGCCUCAUUUAUUAGCUUGGAACCAAUUUAGUAUCAAAUGUAAUAAAGGGAAAUAAGUAAACCAUUUUAAAUUA